AUGGAGAGGUCCGAGGACGACUCCGGGGUCUCCUCUGCUGUUCUCUUGGUCAUGGGAACAAGAUGGACUUGCCCUGGACCUUCCCUACUUGUGCUCCUCUAUUGCGGACAGCUCUUGCCGUGGCUCAGGACUGUGGGAGAGCCAAGCUUAAACGAAUUCUACAGCGAAACUCAGGCAAGGACAUUCCUGGAGUUUUAUGAGGAAACAGCCCAAGUUGUGUUGAACGAGUUCAUGGAGGCCACUUGGAACUAUGUCACCAACAUCACCAAGAAAAAUCGGGAGAGCAUGCUGCAGAAGGAGGUGGAGCGGUCUCAAUUCAUGUUGUACUUUGGCACCCGGGCCCGCCUGUUUAAGACAGACCAUUUUCAUGACCCAGAAGUGAAGCGCAUGCUGAGUAAGCUGCAGAACGUAGACAAGUCGGCCUUGCCCACGGAGGAUCUCCGGGAGUACAACAGACUUCUGACCUACAUGGAGACAACAUAUAGCACAACUGAGGUGUGCCUGGAUGAGGGUCCCUGCUUGUCCUUAGAGCCUGACCUCGAAGAAAUCAUGGCCACCUCCAGGGAUCGGAAGGAGCUGCUGUGGGCCUGGCAGAGCUGGCACGAUUCCGUGGGUCGCCAGCUCCGUUCUGCCUACGAGUACUAUGUGCUUCUCAGCAACAAGGCUGCACAAUAUAACGGAUACAGAGACAUGGGGGAUAUGUGGCGAUCCAAGUACGAGUCUGACAACCUGGAGGAAGACCUGAGGCAGCUAUUUGAGGAGCUGCAGCCUCUCUACCUGAACCUGCACGCCUAUGUGCGCCGCUCCCUGUACCGCUACUACGGGCCUCAGCUUAUUGACCUGCGGGGACCCAUCCCUGCCCACCUCCUGGGGAACAUGUGGGCUCAGUCCUGGGAAAACAUUCUAGACCUGGUCCUGCCCUACCCAGACAAGCCUCCCGAGGACAUCACCAAGAUCAUGAAGAGCCAGCACUGGAGGCCUGAAAAAAUGUUUCAAGAGGCUAACAUAUUCUUUACCUCUAUGGGAUUGCUGCCUGCCCCACCGGAUUUCUGGGUGAAAUCAAUGCUGGAGAGGCCGGUUGACGGGCGGGAGGUGGAGUGCCAUGCCUCAUCUUGGAACUUUUACAAGCAUGAUGACUUCAGGGUAAAGAAGUGCACCGAGGUGACCAUAGAAGACCUGCUCUCCGUCUUCCACCAGAUGGGCCAUAUCCAGUACUUCAUGCAGUUCCAGAACCUCUCUAUAAUCUACCAAGAAAGCGCCAGCCCAGCCUUUCAAGAGGCUGUGGGGUCAGUGAUCUCCCUCUCAGCCUCCUCCCACAAGCACCUGCUCAACAGAGGUCUGCUCAGCCACCAGCACCAGGACGCAGAGGAGGAGGUCAACUUCCUGAUGGGCGUUGCCCUGGAGAAGAUUGCCUUCAUCCCCUUCAGCUACCUGGUAGACGUGUUCCGUUGGAAGGUCUUUGAUGGCACUAUUCCGAAGGACCUCUACAACCAGGAGUGGUGGAACCUCAGGCUGAAGUUACAAGGCCUAUGCCCGCCUUCCCCUCGGUCAGAAGAAGAUUUUGACCCAGGUGCCAAGUUCCACGUUGCUGCCAGCGUGCCCUACAUCCGGUACUUCCUCAGCCUAGUGCUCCAGUUUCAACUUCACGAAGCACUGUGCAGGGCCGCAGGCCACGUGGGCCCUCUGCACCAGUGUGACAUCUAUAACUCCAAGGUGGCCGGGAAGGUUCUGGGGGAUAGCCUGAAGCUGGGCUCCAGCCGGCCCUGGCAGGAGGUCCUCGAGGACAUCACUGGAGAGCCCAAUAUAUCUGCUAAAGCCUUCCUGACCUACUUCAAGCCGCUGCUGAACUGGCUGGUGACUGAGAACGUGAAGCAGGGAGAAAUCCUCGGCUGGCCGGACUUCAGCUGUUCUUUUGAAGAAAAUGACGCAAACAAAGUGUCAUUCCUGGGUUUGGAGCUGGAGCCUUACCAGGCAUACCUGGGCCAAUGGAUGCUCCUGAGCAUGUGUCUGGUCCUGCUCUUCCUCGUCCUGUUCCUGGGCUUCCGGCUGCACUACUUGGAAAAACAAUCACUGAACAAGGACACUAUGAUACUCAGCACACUGCCCUAUACCUACUUCCUGGGCAUAGCCAUGGAACCCCGUCAGGCAGCCCAAAAGCAGUGGAUCCUCCUGGGCCUGUGCGUCAUCCUUAUGUUGUGCUCCGUUAGCCUGUUCAUUCGGAUUCUCACAGAAUACCACAGGAAGCCUCAGUGGAUGAGAGCUGAAUGGCAGAGCUGGGAGUAG